AUGGAUAACUUGAAAACAAUUCAGAUUCGUUAUGAAGGAAGUUCACAAACUCCCGAGUUCUGGAUGGAAGAUGGUACUUUUAAAGGCAAAACACAAUUAAAUCUGCUUACUUUUCAAGGAUUAAAGAUGGAAAAUCUCACAUCGAAUACGUUUGGUGAUUUGAAAAGCUUGAAAAUAUUAAAUUUUACAAACACAAUUGUCAGGAAUCAAAGUUUCUUGAGUUCGGAGAAUCUGCAAAAGACUUUGGAGCUUUUCGUUUUGAGCGGCAAAGAGAUUGUAAUCGAGACGAGAUAUUUUGAGAGUUAUUCGAGGCUGAAGUUUAUUCACGGUUCAAUUUUUAAUACCCAUGAAAAUAUCACAGCAUUUAUGUGCAAAGAGAAUUCCUUCUAUUGCCUAUUCACACGCGGAGUCCAUGGACGACGCUGCCCGGAGGUAUGCGAAUGCAGAUAUAGACGGUACGAGAGGGAGUUUAUGAUUGAUUGCAGCGAAAGAAACUUGAACGAAAUACCUCCUUUGCCAAGGCCAAUUACAGGCUGUCCCACGCUUAAUUUUCGCGGAAACAAUCUCAGGCAUCUGCCCAGCCAAUCGACUCUCGGCUAUAAUCAUUUGAUUCGAUUGGAUGUCUCGGAUAACAAACUGCAUAAUCUAGAGAUAAACCAGCUCCCCGUACAUCUUGAGCAUCUGAACAUUGGCUUUAACAACAUCUCCACACUUAAUAAAAAGCUAGUGGACUAUAUGGCCAAAAAUAUAUCCCUCAAUAGUUUUGGCAAUCUGUUUUUUCCGUAUUGCGAUGAGAAGCCAUCUUCGGACUACUACAAUUUCACCUUAACAUUUCAAGAAGGAAACCACAGCCAGAUUCAUAAUUUUCUCAUAGAACGUGGAAGAAACAUGCACCUGACGGAUGAUCCCUGGCAUUGCUUCUGGAAGAUGACGACUUUCCUAUUGAUUCUGCGUGGACGCGUAAAUCACGCGAGGAAGCAUGCUGCAGCCUUGGAGUUUUCUCACUUUGAUGGAGAAUGUCCGGACGACUGCAUUUGCCUCAGAAAUUAUUACUCCAUGGAAUUUAUCGUUGACUGCAGUGGGGAAGACCUCUCGGAGAUACCACCAUUACCUAUCCCGAUGUAUUCCGGUCCAACGACCCUUUUAUUUCAAAACAAUAAGCUCCGCGUAUUGCCCAAUGAUUCGAUGCCAGGAUACGCAAGUGUGGGUCGACUCUUUCUGGACAACAAUCGACUAACGGAACUCGAUAAUCUUCCACGAAAUCUCUCGUAUCUGGACAUACGAAACAACAGAAUUGCUAUAAUUAACAGGAAGACUCUAGAUAUCUUUGAAAAGAGAACGAAAUCGUCAGAUCUGAAGCUAUUCCUGUCUGGAAAUCCCUGGGCUUGCACUUGCGAGGAGAAAGAUUUCUUGGGAUUCGUGAAGGGAGGUGGUCCCAGAAUCGGAGAUGUUACAAAUAUCACCUGCGGAGACACAGGGAACCUCCUGAUCGAAGCGGAUGAGAGUUCAGUAUGCCCCUCUGGCUUCGUGCACUAUGUGACCCUCACUGUUUCGUUUAUGUUAAUGAUCUUGACCAUAAACCUGAUGAUUUACUUCAAACAGCCCCUCCUGAUCUGGUUCUUCGAGCACGGCGUAUGCCUGAGCCUCGCUGCACGACGGGAACUCGACGAACGGAAGAAGUUCGAUGCAUUUCUAUCCUUCACCCACAAAGACGAGGAUCUGGUUGAGGAGUUUGUGGAGAGACUGGAAAAUGGCUCCCAGAAGUUCCAACUCUGCUUCUAUCUGCGCGACUGGCUUUUGGGCGUGUCUAUUCCAGAGUGCAUCAGCCAAUCUGUGAAGGACUCAAGGCGCAUCAUAAUUCUGAUGACGAACCACUUCCUAAAGUCCACUUGGGGGCGACUGGAGUUCCGCCUCGCUCUGCAUGCCACCUCCCAGGAUCGAUGUAAGCGCCUUAUUGUGGUCCUCUAUCCGGAAGUGGAAAACUUUGAUGAUUUGGACAGCGAACUGCGGACCUACAUGGUGCUGAACACAUACCUCAAGCGAGAUGACCCCAAUUUCUGGAAUAAGUUGAUCUAUUCGAUGCCCCAUAUUAAAGUUCAGCAUAGGGUCAAAUGGACUGAUCAUGACGUUAUUCAGUUUUCUUAG